AUGAUGUUAAAGACCGUGACCUGCAGUUUUGGCACAUUCAUCCAUGGCGUGCGGCCAGAUCGGCUGUCUCAGACGGUGCUGCGGCGCAGCAAGAGGAUGGUGCUGGACAGCAUUGGUGUGGGUCUCCUGGGCAGCACGACCCAGGUGUGUCAGCUGGCACUGCAGUACUGCCAGCACAUGUACGCCCCUGAUGACAUCAGCUCUGUCUAUGGCUACAGUGGCAUGAAGCUAUCACCAACACUGGCUGCGUUUGUUAACGGAGUGGCGACUCACUCAAUGGAUUUUGAUGACACCUGGCACCCAGCCACACACCCAUCUGGGGCAGUGCUUCCUGCCCUCCUGGCCAUUACUGACAUGCUGCCCAGCAAUGGGAAGCCAAGUGGGCUGGACUUCCUCUUAGCCUUCAACGUGGGCAUUGAGAUCCAGGGCCGACUGAUGAGGUUCUCCAACGAGGCACACAACAUCCCCAAGAGGUUUCACCCCCCCAGCGUGGUGGGAACUAUGGGCAGCGCUGCUGCCUGUGCCCGUCUCCUGUCCCUGGAGCGCGGUCAGUGCAGCCACGCCCUGGCCAUCGCAGCCUCCCUGGCAGGUGCCCCGAUGGCCAAUGCUGCCACCCAGUCGAAGCCGCUGCACAUCGGGAACGCAGCCCGCCUCGGCCUGGAAGCAGCACUGCUGGCGUCCCGCGGCCUGGAAGCCAGCUCUCUGGUGUUGGAUGACGUGCCUGGUGUGGCUGGCUUCAGCGCCUUUUACGACGACUACGCCCCCAAGCCAAUGCCCUCUCCUGAGGAGGCACAACAGCAUUUCCUGCUGGAAGAGCAGGAUAUAGGUUUCAAGCGCUUCCCUGCCCACCUGGGCAUGCACUGGGUGGUGGACGCUGCUGCCUCAGUGCACAAGCUGCUGGUUAGUGCCGAGGGCGGAGCUUUAUCCCCAGGCCUCAUCAGAGAGAUCUUGCUGAGGGUACCACCCUCCAAGUACAUCAACAGGCCUUUCCCAGAGUCAGAGCACCAGGCCCGCCACUCCUUCCAGUUCAGCGCCUGCUCUGCCCUGUUGGAUGGAGAGGUGACGGUGCAAUCCUUCUUGCCCGCUGCGUUCCAGCGGCCCGAGUUGCACGCCCUGCUCUCCCGUGUGCGGGUGGAGCACCCCCAUGACAACCCCGCCAACUUUGACCGCAUGUAUGGAGAGGUGCAGGUGACGCUGGUCGGUGGGGAUGUUCUCUCUGGCCGCUGUGACACCUUCUAUGGUCACUGGCGCAACCCGCUCACCGAUGAAAGCCUCCACAAGAAGUUCCGCGCCAAUGCGGGUGCUGUGUUGCCCCAAGAGAAGGUGGAGGGCCUCCUGAUGAUGGUGGAGAGGCUGGACCAGCUGGAAAACUGCGGCCCGCUCCUCACUCACCUGCAGUGAGUGGUCCAGACCAGCAGGGGGACACCUCAAUGUUGCAUCAACACAAUUCACACAGUUUCCCUCU